AUGGGUGAGCUUCUGUUGCGUGGAUAUACAAUGUUGGACGCGUAUUGCAAUGUUUGCACGGGAAUUUUGAUGGAGGAUCGUCAGGGAGUACGUGUUUGCGUAACGUGUGAUCUGACGAAUGCCCAGCGUAAUCCGUCCACCUCAUCACCUGGAGGAAGUCGGCUCGUUGCGGAGAUCCCACUUGAGGAAUCUGAUCAUUUGUACGAGAUCCAUACGUCAAGAGUAAGCGAGACUGCUCCGGAGAAUACACCGCAGCAAUCUGCAGGAUCGUCGGAGGCUCUGCCGUCUAUUGAGGAAUCCCUUGCAUCAUUG